GCGCGGCCGCGGUUAUGUUUAUGUUCCUGAUGCGCCCUCUUGGUUGUUUUUACAGGGACUGACCCGGGGCCCAUUUUCAGGAAAAGAGCUGCUUUCAAAAUGGUAAAAUUAACGAAACGAGAAGUUUGAACGUUUUCUCUUUGGACGGAAAGCGGAGAAUGAAAAGAGCGAUUGAGUCAAACCAUGUGGUAGAAGCAGGCAUGUGAGGAAGAUGGGGAUGCUGGCGCUUCUGUGGACGUGUGUUUUUCUGCCCCUCGCGAGAGGGCACAGCCUUUUCACGUGUGAACCGGUCACCGUUCCCAGGUGCAUGAACAUGGCCUACAACAUGACCUAUUUCCCGAACCUCAUGGGCCACUACGAUCAGAGCACGGCGGCUGUGAAGAUGGAGCUCUUUCAUCCUCUUGCAAAUCUGGAAUGUUCACCAAAUGUUGAAACUUUCCUUUGCAAAGCUUUUGUACCAACCUGCACAGAGCAAAUUCAUGUGGUUCCACCUUGUCGUAGAAUUUGUGAGAAAGUAUAUUCUGAUUGCAAAAAAUUAAUUGACACUUUUGGGAUCCAAUGGCCUGAGGAACUUAAAUGUGACAGAUUACAGUAUUGUGAUGAGACUUUUCCUGUAACUCUUGAUCCACAAACAGAGUUUCUUGGUCCUCAGAAGAAAACAGAACAAGUCCAAAGAGACAUUGGAAUUUGGUGUCCAAGGCAUCUUAAGACUUCUGGGGGACAAGGGUAUAAGUUCCUGGGAAUUGACCAGUGUGCACCUCCAUGCCCCAACAUGUACUUUAAAAGCGAUGAGCUAGAGUUUGCAAAAAGUUUUAUAGGAAUAGUUUCAAUAUUUUGUCUCUGUGCAACUCUGUUCACAUUUCUUACUUUUUUAAUCGAUGUUAAAAGAUUCAGAUACCCAGAGAGACCAAUUAUAUAUUACUCUGUCUGUUACAGCAUUGUAUCUCUGAUGUAUUUUAUUGGAUUCUUGCUAGGCAAUAGCACAGCCUGCAAUAAAGCAGAUGAGAAGCUAGGCGUUGGUGAUACAGUUGUUCUAGGCUCCCAAAAUAAGGCCUGCACCGUUUUGUUUAUGUUUUUGUAUUUUUUCACAAUGGCCGGCACUGUGUGGUGGGUGAUUCUUACCAUUACUUGGUUCUUAGCUGCAGGAAGAAAGUGGAGCUGUGAAGCCAUUGAACAGAAAGCGGUGUGGUUUCAUGCUGUUGCGUGGGGAAUACCAGGUUUUCUGACUGUUAUGCUUCUUGCCAUGAACAAAGUUGAGGGAGACAACAUUAGUGGGGUUUGCUUUGUCGGCCUUUAUGACCUGGAUGCUUCUCGCUACUUUGUACUCUUGCCACUGUGCCUUUGUGUGUUUGUCGGGCUAUCUCUUCUUUUAGCUGGCAUCAUUUCCUUAAAUCACGUUCGACAAGUGAUACAGCACGAUGGCCGUAACCAAGAGAAACUAAAGAAAUUUAUGAUUCGAAUUGGAGUCUUCAGUGGCCUGUAUCUUGUGCCAUUAGUGACACUUCUUGGGUGUUACGUCUAUGAGCAAGUGAACAGGAUUACCUGGGAGAUAACUUGGGUCUCUGACCAUUGUCGUCAGUACCAUAUCCCCUGUCCUUAUCAGGCAAAAGCAGAAACUCGACCAGAAUUGGCCUUAUUUAUGAUAAAAUAUCUGAUGACGUUAAUUGUUGGCAUCUCUGCUGUCUUCUGGGUUGGAAGCAAAAAGACAUGCACAGAAUGGGCUGUGUUUUUUAAACGUAAUCGCAAGAGAGAUCCCAUCAGUGAAAGUCGACGAGUACUACAGGAGUCAUGUGAGUUUUUCUUAAAGCACAAUUCUAAAGUUAAACACAAAAAGAAGCACUACAAGCCGAGUUCACAUAAGCUGAAGGUCAUUUCCAAAUCCAUGGGAACCAGCACAGGAACCUCAGCAAACCACAGCACUUCUGCAGUGGCCAUCACGAACCACGAUUACUUAGGACAAGAAACUUUGACAGAAAUCCCAACCUCUCCAGAAACGACCGUGAGGGAAGUGAGAGGAGACGGAGUGAGCACCCCCAAAUCAAGAGAACAGGACUGCGGGGAGCCUGCCUCCCCAGCAGUAUCCAGCUCCAAACUGUGCGGGGAGCAGGCCCACAGGCAAGGCCGGGCGGGCGGCGCCACCGAUAGGAGCAGCGUAUCUGAAAGUGCGCGGAGUGAGGGGAGGGUGACUCCAAAAAGUGAUGCUACUGAAACUGGCCUGGUGCAGAGCAAGAACUUGGAGGUUCCCAGCCCUUUAGAGCCAAGCAGCCCGAAAGACUCCACAUCACUGCUCGUUCACUUGGCUGCGGGAGUUAGGAAAGAGCAGGGCUCUGGCAGCCACUCAGAUACUUGAAAACCAGGUUAUUCCUUAAAGAAGCGGAUUUGUGUUACACUGGAGACCAGUACACUGUCUUAUAAGAACCACUGUUAGAGUCUUCUUUUCUACUUAAAUUUCCAUGGCCUGCUGUUACACUGGAAACAAGAUGCUGAGAAUAAUACGAUUCAUUUCACACAGAGGUUAAUGACAAUAUACCUGAAAAACAGAAACGUGCAGGUUAAUAUUUUUUAAAUUGUGUGGGAGAAGGGAGUUAGAGGAAUCUUCCUUUUUUUAUUUAUGAAGAUUCUACUCUUAUUAAAAUAUUUUAAGGUGUACAAUGCUAUUUCACUUUUAUGAUAUAAAAUCAAGAUUUUUCUUUGCUGAAGUAUUUAAAACUUAUCCUUGUAUCUUUUUUUAUACGUUUGAAAAUAAGUUUAUAUGUACUUGAACUUUUUUUAGAAAUCCUGGAAAAUCUACUCAAAUAUUUUAUUAUAUUAGUCUGAUAUUUUCACACUACUUUGGUAGCUUUUACACUGAAUUUCUAAGAAAAUUGAAAAAUUGUGUUCUUUUGUAGUAUAAAAAACAGUUGGCACACCAGAAGGCAUUAUGGGAAUUCAACUAAAAAAUCUACUUCAGUGUGUGAAUUUUAUAAGUCUCAUUAUUUUAGGAAUUUCACAGCUCUAUUACACAACUGAAAUAAGGUGCUUUUGGAAAGAGUUAAUGUUGGUUGUGUUAUAUUGCUUGCUGAUCCUUCUGUAUUUUAAAAAUGUUCUAAAGAAUUAGUAGGUGAAAUGUUACUCUUUUAUAAAUUAGGCCAAGUGCAGUUGAUUUUUUUUUUUAAUGUUUCAUGACCACCCAAGAUUGUAUUAUGACCAUUUACAGUUGCUUAUACUUUUGUUUUAACUUUUGUCUUUUAACAGAAUACUACAGAUGCUUUGUGUUUGUGCAGUUAUCUUUCUCAGAUAUUACGUAGAAUUCAUUUCUGCAGCUAAUUAGGACUUCGCUGAGCAUUAAAAAGUGUGUUAGCAAUAUUAGUGCCAAUCAAGUGGAAAAGCUAUAGUCCUGAUAAAUAAAAUGUCUUUCAUAUAACAUACUUUAAAAUACUAAAGAAUUUUCUUAAUAUUGUUUCUAAUUAAGUAUUAUUCCUUGAACAAGUUUUCUGAUGCUUUUGGUUUUUUUUCUAUUCAGCCUUCUGUUAAAGCACACAAAAAUAUCAUGUACUGUAUGGAAAAUGUAAAUAUUAGCUUUUCCACAUUUGGUAGCUUUGUAUACAAAAACUUUGUUUUAUGUGAUAAACUUUGUUUUAUUCUUUUCAGUAAUAAAAUUUUCUUCAUAUAA